AUGGCUAUGAAGCCUUUCCUGGUGGUUCUGGUACAAGCAGCUCUACUGCCAGCUGUUUUUGGAGGAGCUUAUUAUGGACACAAAGCACAUCAUCAGCAACUCCAGCCUAUACCACAAAUGCCUCACAUGCAGUAUCCUCACUACAGGAAAGAGAUGCCACAACUACCAAAUCAUAUGAACAAGGGCAAGGACUUUAAAGGUGAGACUAUACCUAGAGGAGAGCAAGGUGUUCCAGGUGAGGUUGGACCACAAGGACCUCCAGGACCACAAGGACCACCAGGGCCUCAAGGCAAUGGUUUACCAGGUCCUUCAGGAAAUCCAGGUCCCGCUGGCCCUCCGGGGUUACCUGGGAUCGGCAAACCUGGAAUGCCAGGCAUGCCAGGAAAGCCUGGUGAUAUUGGACCACCAGGACAGCAGGGUGAAAAAGGACCUAGUGGAGGAGUGGGUCAACAAGGUCUGCCAGGACAAGCUGGUCACCAUGGACCAAUGGGCAUGCCUGGUGUUGGAAAGCCAGGUGUUCAAGGACUACCAGGACAUCCAGGACUCAAAGGUGAACCAGGGCACAAAGGUCUACCUGGUCUUCCAGGACUGCCUGGGCCAAAAGGCGAUAAGGGGAUUGGACACCCUGGUUCACAAGGACCCAAAGGCCCACCAGGACCCCCAGGAAUUCCUGGGCAUAAAGGACUGCCAGGGGUGGGCAAGCCUGGCAUGCCUGGACUGCCAGGGCUAAUAGGUGUACCAGGUAAACCUGGACAGCCUGGACCACGAGGACCAGAGGGCCCAGCUGGCUUGGAAGGUAAACAAGGACCACAAGGUCUUCCUGCCAUUGGAAAAACAGGUGACAAAGGCAUUCCAGGACAGCCCGGUGUCCCUGGUCAUAAAGGAUUACCAGGACCACCAGGAUUGCCAGGCAAGCCUGGAUUGCCUGGAUUUGGCAAGCCAGGAUACCCUGGCCCGAAAGGUGACAAGGGAAUGGGAGGACCACCUGGUACUCCAGGGCCAAAAGGAGACAAAGGGCAUGAAGGUCCACAAGGCAUGACUGGACCACAAGGACCUGCUGGUCCCCCUGGUCCUCCAGGACCAGUGGGACCUUCAGGAGGCAUUGGUGCACCAGGACCCAAAGGAGAAGCAGGUGAGGGUGGGGUAAAAGGAGAACAAGGACCUACUGGGGAUCAGGGACCCCCAGGACUUCCAGGCCAACAAGGUCAACCAGGUGAGGAUGGAGAGCCUGGGCCACGAGGACCUGCAGGACCUAUAGGUCCCAAAGGAGAAGGAGGAGAUAUGGGUUUACCUGGAACCCCUGGCACUCCUGGCCUGCCUGGUCCCAAAGGAGAAGAAGGUUCACAAGGUCCUGAAGGCCCCCAGGGACCUACUGGCAUUCCAGGGAUUGCAGGACCAGAAGGACCUAUUGGACCACCUGGACCCCCUGGGCUUAAGGGAGAGGAUGGGCCUUCAGGCAAAGAAGGUCCUCCGGGAGUGGGAAGCCCUGGUGUUUCUGGGCCACUUGGUCCUCCUGGUCCACCUGGUCCAAGUGGUUCCACAGGUCAAGUAGGUCCUUCUGGUCCCCCAGGUCCUCCAGGUCCUCCUGGACCCCCUGCUCUGAAUCCUGACCUGAUGGGUGUUCUGCCUGAGAUGGGACCAGCACUUGAUGGAGUUAAGGCUGGUGGGUACAAGAAAGGAAAGUACGGAGGUGGAUCUGAUGUAAUGGGUGGCAGUGGUCUAGAGAUGCCUGCUUUUACUGCUCAGUUGACAACACCCUACCCUCCAGUUGGCACACCUGUGGUAUUUGACAAGCUUCUUUAUAAUGGCAGACAGAAUUAUAACCCACAAACAGGUGUGUUUACCUGCGACCUUCCUGGCAUCUAUUACUUCUCCUACCAUGUGCACUGCAAGAAUUCCCAUGUAUGGGUGGGUCUGUACCGAAAUGGAGAGCCUGUGAUGUACACAUAUGAUGAGUACAAGAAGGGGGUUAUGGACCAGGCAUCUGGUAGUGCUGUCAUGCCAUUACAAUCAGGGGACACUGUUUACAUCCAGCUGCCUUCUGACCAGGCAGCUGGUCUUUAUGCAGGACAAUACGUCCAUGCGUCCUUCUCUGGCUUCCUGCUCUACCCCAUGUAG